UAGGCCCCCCCUUCUUUCUGUACGUAGCUUCUCCCCUCAGAUCUCCUCUUUACUUUGCUUUACUGUCUUUUUUUUUUUUUAAACCUUAUCACAAUCAUUAGGCAAUCAUGUCUUCCUGCGGCUGUUGCCUGUCCCCUGUUCUGUUCUUUUGCCAUUCCUCUACCUCCUAGACUGCAGGCAUCUGUGAGAAAAUUAGAUAGUCGUUCGAGAGUUAUGGGUCGACGUAAUUGCCGUCCGUUGAGUGCUAAUGCCCUGUUUGGGGCAGGUAUGGUGGCCGGGGUUAUCUGGCUUCUGCUGUUAGGCGCAGUGGCGGUGGAUGCAGCUGAUGGAGGAAGGGAAAAGAGUUCGGUGAAUCCUGUGGUGCUGAAGAAUGUCCAGUUCUCGGAAGGGAAGGUGAGUGCAAAGGUCGUGCCCCGUCCAGAGUCAGAUGUCAACUACAUGAGCAAACGCAGAGUUCCAAAUGGACCCGAUCCUAUCCAUAACAGGAGAGCGGGGAACUCCAAACAGCCACCGGGGCGAGCUUAGUUGGGGGAAGUCAGAAUGAUGAGUUCGUAAAAUUAAAGCGCUGGAUAAACAGAGAAGACGUCGCGCAAUCGAGAUGUGUCUUCCCACGUAGUUGUAUGUGUAUUUCUCUAAAAACCAACAUAUGGGGGGUUCCCUCGAAAAGAUUCGGUGUUUGCAGCUAUCUGCUUUUUAGAAAAAGAUCAAUAUAUUCUUGUGGAUGGCACUUGGGGAGUGAAAGAAUAUAUACAAUUGUGGGGAAGAAGCUUGUGAUAUAUUUUUAAAUAUGUAGCCAUUAUCCCACAGAAUCCCAGCAGGAACAGAUCGAAUAUGGAGGAGUCCCUACCUUUUUCAUUAAGUGUUUAUUUUAUUCAUGGCUUUCAUGUGUUUGUUGAAUUCGUGUUGGGGAUUUAUGCUUGUAAAAGGAACAUAUAAUAAGAAAAAAGAAAAAUAUAUAUUAUUGGAAAAA